AUGCGUGCUUUGGUCCGCAUUCCAUGGAACGGCGAAAGCUCACCCGGACUGCGGACGCUGCAUGCCCUGAUUCAUCAUGUUGGGCAUGCCGCCGCCCAUGAUAUUAUUCGGCUGCUCCAUGUCGACGGCGUGGUGUACUUCUUAGAGCAAGCACUUGAGGCGGCACUUGGCCGGCGCGCUGCGGUGCGAGGGCGUUUCGUUGCAGUGAAGCGGUGGGUGUGGAAGUCGCAAGAAUACUGUAUGGACAGCGGAAAGGUCACACGCGCGGUGGGCGGUGCAGCGCAGGGCAGAGUGCAGCACUCGGUCAGCGGCUGCCAAGCGUCGAAAUGGUUGGCCCGUGCGGUCGCUGUCCAAAUGGCGGCGUGGACAAGCGGCAAUGUUGUUCUUCUUCGCUCACAGUGGAAAGGAAGCUGGCCUGGAAAGCUCACUGACGCCGACGGUAGGUUGACGGUGGAGUCCAGAAUCAAUUCCCCAAUCCCCAUGCGCGAAUCAAUGCGGCGGCAAUUGAGGAGGGGCACACGGGUACAUGUGAUGAUGGAGUGA